AUGACAAUUGAGCAUCAUAUAUUCGUAAAAGGAUUUUAUACCAAAUAUCUUAUGUGGGAGUUUCACGAGGAAGAUAUCAUAGAAGUAAACGAAGAUCAAGAAGAAGUAGAAUCAAACAGUGAAGAAAACAUACCAUAUGACAGUGAUGAUGAUGAAGACAAUGGCAAUAUGAGACCAACAUUAGAAGAUUUAGCUAGUCAAUAUCAUAGGAAGAGUGAUUUUGUGAACCUUGGAGAUUCAAAUGAGCACAAUGAUGAAAGGAAUACAUUGCCUGACUUAUUUGCAGAAGAAGAAAAGGAGUUAUACUUUGGAUGUACAACGUUCUCAAUCUUAACAUUUAUUGUUAAUCUAAUGCACAUUAAAGUGAUGUGUGGUUGGAGUAACAAAUCAUUUGAUUUGUUGCUCGACUUACUUUCGAAAGCAUUUCCCAAAGACAAUAAAAUUCCACGAUCUUAUUAUGACGCUAAGAAAAUGUUGCGUGAUCUAGGUUUAGGGUACGCAACUAUUCAUGUAUGUGAGUAUGAUUGUGCUUUAUUUUGGAAAGAGAAUAAAAAUGCUGAAAGAUGUCCUAUAUGUGGUCAUGAACGAUACAAAUUCCAAGGAACUAAAGGCAAGAAGAUCCCACACAAAAAGAUGCAAUAUUUUCCUAUAACUCCACGACUACAGAGACUUUUUAUGUCAUGCCAUACAUCAUUUGAUAUGAGGUGGCAUAAGGAAGAACGUGUUGAUACAAAAGGUGUACUUAGACACCCGGCAGAUGCAGAGGUUUGGAAGGAUUUUGAUAGACAAUAUCCAGAUUUUGCAAAAGAAUCUAGAAAUGUAAGGCUUGGAUUUGCAACAGAUGGGUUCAAUCCAUUCGGUGAUUUAUCAAACUCGUACACAAUAUUGUGGACGAUCCAUGAUUUUCCAGCAUAUGGUACUGUAUCUGGGUAUAGCACUCAAGGUUAUAAAGCUCGUCCUGUUUGUGAAGAUGACACAUCUUCAUUUCGAAUAAGAGGAAAAACAUGUUUCAUGGGUCAUCGUCGAUAUUUGUGUUCGAACCACCAAUGGCGCAAUGAUAUGGAGUAUGAUGGUACAAUCGAAUGGCAUUCACCUCCAAGAAUUUUAACAGGAAAUGAAAUCUUAGAUAAAUUAAAAGGUGUAUGGAAAUGUAGGGCAGUUGGUACAAUAUUUAGUAUUGAUGGGAAGUCUAAAGAUGCUGAAAAGGCAAGACUUGAUUUACAAGAUUUAAAUAUUCGUAAGCAGCUACACAUGAAAAAGAAGGGGAACAAAUGGUUCAAACCAGUAGCAUGCUAUACAUUAUCAGCGAAGGAACGACAAGAAUUUUGUACGUUCAUAAAGUCCGUAAAAUUUCCUGAUGGAUAUGUUGCAAAUAUUUCUCGGAAUGUUAACAUGAAAGAUGGAAAGUUAUUUGGGUUGAAAAGUCAUGAUUGUCAUAUUUUAUUACAGAGGUUGUUACCUAUUGGUUUAAGGCCAUAUUUGAAAAAGAAAGUAAUGGAUGCUAUUGUUGAGCUGUCGUUAUUCUUCAAAAAACUAUGUGCGAGGACAUUAUAUGUGAAAGACUUAGACGAAUUGGAAAAGGGCAUUGUACUCACGCUGUGUAAAUUAGAAAGUAUCUUUCCUCCUUCCUUCUUUGAUGUGAUGAUUCAUCUUAUGGUUCACUUGCCAUUAGAAGCUAAGUUAGGUGGUCUAAUAAAAAAAAUGAAUGAAACAAUAUCUGGUAAAGCACAGGAAGAUUUGUAUGCAAUUGCAAUACAACCAAGUUUUUUGGCUUGUACAUAUGCUGGUUGUAUGGUUAAUGGAGUUCGAUACCAUACAAAAAGUCGAGAUGAAAGACUUUUAACUCAAAACUACGGUGUUCACGUUGAAGCAGAAUAUGAUUGA